GGAAAUUGGCUAAAAAGUUAAUUUUUGGGCAAUUUUAAAUAUUUGGUCGAAGUUUAGGGGCAAUCCGAGCCUCUUUCCAAAAUGAAAAAAGUGGAGACCAACUAAUAACAAACAAGCCCUAAAACCUCUAAAACCUCAAAACUGCAAAGGCGCACCCAAAACCCCUUUCUAUCUUUCUGUCUCACUUCCUGAGUUUUUUCCGUGCAUAUUCAAGUUUAUCCUGUCCAUGCUUUUUCAGUAGCCAAAUCGACAUAAAAUGAAAGCAUUGAUAACAUUGCGAACCCUAAAAUAUUUCACAUCAAAACCCCGAAAUUCCCAGCCCUUCAAGUCAAUUCUUCUCUCUCAUUUCUUCUCAGCCGAACCUGAACGUAACGACAGUGAAAACGAUAACAGCGAUUCAGUCUUUGAUAGCAGCCACUAUACAAUCCCUAAUAUUGAUGCUAAUACAACGCCUCAAGAGCUCACUUGGGAUGAGAAAUACAGACGGAGAGCUGAUAAAUUGGUGUUUGGAAAAGAAACGCAGAAAUCCAAAUUGAAAAUAUUGCGGGAACGAGAGGAGGAAGAGAGGCGGAGAGCGUUAGCCAAAGCGUUGCUCCAAGCGGCACUGCAAAGGCCAGAUGAUGAGGACGAGGAUGAGGUAGUGAGGGAGGAGGACCAGAAAUCGCUUUCAGUUGGAAUUAUCGGCGCACCAAAUGCUGGGAAAUCGGCUUUGACUAAUUUCAUGGUUGGAACAAAAGUUUCUGCUGUGUCUCGGAAAACAAAUACAACAAUUCACGAAGUAUUAGGAAUUAUGACAAAAGGGGAAACCCAAAUUUGUUUCUUUGAUACCCCUGGACUUGCGUUAAAGAGCAAUGGAUAUCCUUACAAGGAUAUGAAGGCUCGUGUGGAUAAUGCUUGGAGUGCAAUUGACUUAUAUGAUGUACUCAUGGUUGUUUUCGAUGUCCACAGGCAUCUUACAAG